AUGCCUGUACCAAGGGCUCGUGGAAGGGACGAUCGGGUCGACUAUGUGAUUGUGCGAAGGACCGUCCUGGGUGACGAUGGAAGCGUUGGGGAAGUGGUCGACCAAGCACUCGAUUCGCGAUCUUCGCCCUCGCAAACGGUGAAUGAUAUACUCGGCCCGUGGAAUGAGAGGAGAGAUGAUGACGAUUACGACUCGGAUGAUUACGACUCGAAGCCACCACCUCCUCCAAUUCUUGUUACCAUGACCAUACCUCAAGCUCAGGCAACAGGAACUGCAUUAGCCGACAACGAUCCGUCCGAGACUGUCGUAGUGACAUUCUCACCACCCCCUAAACCACCACCGCCACCACAUCACAAGGGAGGCAUUUCGCAAACCACCGAACAUUUGCUCAUCGCUGCAGGGUCAAUUGUUAUAUUGGCAAUUCACACUAUGCGAAAACGCGGUCUGACAUUUGCAGAGGCCGUCAAACAAGGCAAAUAUCAAGUCACUCGUCGAGGACCACCACCCCCGCCGAAGAGAUCUGCUAGAUGGGACAAACCAAUGUAUUCCAAUGAUUAUGGGUCCAUGAGGUCCAACGCCGUUACUGCUCCAGAACCGACACUCGCCCGAACUGGUUCAAAUUCGUCACAACGGCCACUACUCAUGGCUCCCUCCCGCAAUGGAAGUGUUAACCGACAAGCCAGCCCACCCGGAAGCGCUUUCCAAGACGUUGAAGGGCAGAGCUUCUUGCUCGACUCGCCACCAAGCCGUAAUAACUCCCACCGCCGCAGUCAUAGCGGAACACCCUCCUCUCCAGUUCUCCCCCUCCAGAAUCAGCGACGCAGUGUCUCGACACGCAACACGCGUUCAACCGCUGCAGAGUCCGAGCUUCGAUAUCCCGAACCACCAAUUGAACGAGCUCUUUCUCCUCUGCCACCCCCACCAACCUUCAAGCAAUUCCUCUCGAACCGACGCUCAGUAGCAGCUCGCCCUGGUAUCGGCCCCAUGAUCAGCAGAUUCAGCUGGACAAAUUCGAACGCCCCACAAACACCGCAUGAUCCAAACCGCGAUACUAAUAGCCACACGAUUUCUCGUGAUAGCUUUAUGACUCAGCGUUCUUCAGUUCCUCGCUUCAGGACAGUCGACUCCUGGGUAAACCAGCAGGCAAAUCGUCUAGAAGAGCAGAAACUUAAGGACCAACUUCGAUUUACGCAGUCGACUAUGUUUUCGGUUGAUGACGAUCGUGAUGUUCCUGAAGUUCCCAUGUUACCUAAGAACGUCGAUGAGCUCCGAGAAUCAGCGGGCACGCCUAUCAACAAUACCAAUGCAUCAUCAGCGGCGCCGUCACCUCCCAAGACACCGCAAAACCUUAUGGGCGGACUACCAGGCAAGAACAUCAAACACGAGCGCCACGAUACCCGUACUACCGUCGAAACUGCACCGAUCUUCCGCCAACACCCUGGUCAGGAAGUUCGCUUCAGCACUCGGAGUCUUGUACCGUCGGAGAUCUUGAAUACUAAGAUGAAACCUAGCGUUCUAUGA